AGUAACAAUUGAAACCCACAUCCAGGCAUUAAAACAUUCGGCAGCACAAAAUGUCAACAUCGUCCGAAAGAGUGGAAUGGGUGGAAAUCAUCGAGCCCCGAACGAAGGAACAUAUGUACGCCAAUUUGACCACAGGUGAAUGUGUGUGGGAUCCUCCUGAGGGUGUUACUAUCAAGCGCACAGAUGCAUCGCAGUGGUGGGAGCUGUUCGACACAAAUACCUGUCGCUUUUACUACUACAAUGUUGCCUCACAGAAAACCGUUUGGCAUCGGCCGCAGAACUGUGAUAUUAUCCCACUGGCCAAGCUUCAAACGCUGAAACAAAACACCGAUCCAAGCGAUCGGAAAGAUGCGACACUUCCGCACCAUCACCAUCAUCACCACCAUCAUGGCACGAGCGGCAGUGGUAGCAGUACCGGAGGACUCGGUGGUCUUGGAGCACUCGGCGGUGCAUCGAAGUUGGGCGGCAGUGGUACGGUAGGAAAAUCUUGCGGUCAUCGAACGGCAACGGGCGUUACGGAUUAUCGUGACAGAGACCAUCACCAUCGUAGCUCUAGUUCCGGGCACCGGCGGGCAGGUGGUGGCGGAUUAGAUCAACGCAGCAAUAGUGAACUUCUGGCCAGUCCGCAAGGCAGACACAGUCUGCAGCAUAGAUUGCCACCGAAAAUCUUAACCUCUCCGUUGGCUGAUGGUAACAGCAGCCACUCUUCGAUCAGUCGACUGGAUUCGCACAAAUUUUGCAGACACGGACAGCACCAGUCGAGUGGAGGUACUGCUAGUGGUGGCGGUCUGGGAACCGCUGGCAUCGCAGUACCAUCGUCUGGAUCGGUUCGUGGUAGCCAGCGAUAUCCAGCCAGCUAUCAGCAUGGCCAUCUUCAUGCGUCACAACAACAGCACCAGCAGCACCACAAUCAACGGCUCCACCAUCACCAUCAUCCCGAAAAUUCGCUCAAAUCAGACGGAAGUUUAUCCAGUAGCUACCGGCGACUGCACGGUGGCGUUACCGGCAGUUUACAUGACCCCGGGAGCAGUUCGCUUCGGUACGGAAGUGGUUCCAGUGGUUAUGCUACGAAUGGCCAUAGCAGCGGUGGCGGCAGUGGUACGGGUAGUAGAAAACACAAUCCUGACAGUAGUAGCGGCUAUCGUAUGCUACAGGAAAGCUCCAGUUCUCACAACAUUCCCCAUUCGGUCGUCGUCCCUUCGCCUUCCGCAUCAGCAGCGGCAGUGAGUAGUAGUGAAAAGCUAGCCCUCGGAUCAUUACAUCAUUCGUCCGCAUUGCCACCACCGCACCAGAUGCUAUCGUACUCGAUCUCCAAUUCGUCGGAUCUCGCGGCUGGCAGCCUUUCGUCACCGUCACACUCGUUGAGCACGCCGCAGUUCAAAAAGAAGUUCAUGCAUGACGGUGGUGGUGUGGGAGGUUCCUCAUCCAAAUCGUCCUCGAAGGACGGCAAUCUUGUCGGCGGCGGGAUGGUAUCCAAGCAUGAAAGCUUCGAUUACGGUGGCAAUCCGAGUGCAUCAUCAAUUUCACUUACAAGAUCGGGUAGUUUUCUAUCGUCUGCGGGAAUAACUAGUGGCGUCGGUGGAGCUAUUGGCACUCCUAUCUCUUCGCGACCGUACGGGCCAUCUGGAAGCGGAGGAAGUCACCAUUCUUCUAGCGGUUCUCACAGAAAGGGUAGCUUUGAUGGGAACGGUGGAAGUGGCAGUGCUGGUGCGGGUACUGGAGGCAGUGUCGGUGGUGGAGGAGGAGCAUCAGGAGGCGGUGGUGGUGGUGGUGGAGGAGGAGGAAGUGAUGACUCGAUGCAUGAAAAAUAUUUUAAAUCGGUGGAAAAUACACCCAUCACGCGAAGGCGUCACACAACGUCCUCUAAAUCGCCCUUGCAGCAACAAAAGCAAUCAAGCGAUUCUAGUCCCCAAAGUCCCAUUAGUCCACAGCAGCAGCAGCAGCAGCAGCAGCAAGGCAAAGUGCAACGGCCGUCAGCAUUGUCGGUGGAGUUAUCUUCCGGUAGCAGUUACCAAAACAACGGCAGCAACAAAUCUAGUCAUAAAAAUAGCAAUACCAAUAGUAGCAACACCACAGGUGAUCAUCAUCCCAGCGAGCUGCUGUACAUUGCCGAUGCUGCGGCAAGCAAGACGGACAAGUAUCUUGACAAAAUGAAACAUGAUCGUGGCGCUGGCAAAAUAUCGCCCGGUGCGGUGUCCAUGGGCGGUAAACAAUCACCCUAUCCGCCGAACAUUCCGGCAUCCUCAUCCUCUAGUCAUCCGAUGGAUCUAACAGGUGGCGGUGGGAGUAGCAGCACUGCCAAAGGCAGUGGAGGUAAGGAUCAGUUUUCGUUGAACCUGAACCAAUCCAACCUCGACCGUCACAAUCGGGCACAUGAUCAGCAGCAACAAACGUUAGAGAAAAAGUCAUCAGGAUCGACGCAUACUGUCGCCUCGAAUAAUUCAUCCACGCACAACGCGAAACAUGGAAAGAGGACUAAAAAUUAUAACAAUCACAACAAUACCGCCAGUGGUACCGGGUUCGAUUUCGAUUACGACAACGGCAAUACCUCGCCUUUGUACUGUAACUGGGAUAAAGAAAUGCAGGAACAUUUGCUCCCAUUGCAACACUAUAUUCUAGAACAAGCGAAACUGUCCGGCUCGUACGGACUGGGUGAUCUGGACUCGGAUUCAUUUCACUCCGAUAGUCAAUCAGAGCAUUCAUUUUCCGGUCACGAACCGGACAAUGAAGACUCUGAUCAUUCGGACGGACACGGUGACUAUUUGGCGCAUUAUCCUUACGAAGAGUAUGGCGCCCGGCAUGCGCAGGAUGGCGGUGUUUCGUACUAUAACUUUGAGUUCAAUUUUGGUGAUCGAGAUGAAAAAGAAGACAUAUCCGAAGAGGUUACGGCAAAAUUGGAGAGCAUGCCGGAUCAAAUAUACAGCCCGGUAAAAAAUCAUCCUCCACUGCACAAAUUUCCUUCGCCUGCAUUCCAGGGAGGCAGGCCAGGCCUAGACCCGUCCGGUUUGCUGUCGGAUGCCGUUGACCGUGGCCCUCCCACAGUACCAAUGGGCAGUGGUAAUGGUACAUUUGGCUCGAAAACGUCUUACCUGCAACAGAUGGCUGCGGCCGCUGGUCAACAUCAACAGCAGCAGCAGCUGAGUGGAGGAAUGCAGCCACAACCUCAGCAGCAACAACCACCGCACAAACUCAACAAAGCUACAUUGUUGCAACGAUUCCAGGAAAAUCUAACACUCGGUGUAACUGCACCCGGUGCAGGCAGUAAUGGAAAAAUAGCAGAAAUGGCACUGCUAAAAGAAUGUGACAUCGAGAAAUUUGCGCAGGAUAAUCUCAACCUACACUCGAAGGGCAUAUUUCGCAAAAAAUCUUCUGUACGAGACAUGCUCAGUUGGACGUCAAACGCGAUAAGCCGCCCGAUGCUAUCACUCGCACGAGACAAGGCAGGCAAAAAGAUGGCAACGGAUCUGUUUAAAUUGGUUCAGAUAUACAUGGGUGAUCGAAAGGCGCGCAUUGGCAUGAGCCUGAAUUCGGUCGCGAUAGACAUUGUGACGAUGGCGAUGGGUCAGGCACAGCUGCGGGACGAGCUGUAUAUUCAGAUGUGCCGCCAGACGACAGAGAAUCCGAGUCGGGAUUCGCUGAUUCGGGGUUGGGAACUGAUGGCAAUUUGUCUGUCGUUUGUACCACCGUCGCCUACCUUCCAGCCGGCUUUGCUGGGUUACAUCAAUCGCCAUCGCGAUCCAUCGUUUGCGACUAGCUUCCCAGAGGUUGGUAAAUGGCCAAUUCAUGUGCAAAUUUCUCACUAUGCUACGAUAGCGUGCCGGCGGUUGGAUCGGAUUGGAAGCUCUGGUAGAAAGCAAGCAAAACGACCGACCGAGGAUGAAAUCAACCAGGCGCGGGAGCAAAUAUUCCGCGACAGUAUGUUCGGCAAUACGCUUAGCGAAGUGAUGGAAUUGCAGAAAGAGCGAUUCCCGGAUCGUCAGCUUCCCUGGAUACAGACAACGCUUUCCGAACAAGUGUUACUGUUGAACGGCAAACAAACUGAAGGCAUUUUCCGAGUACCGGCCGAUGUUGACGAAGUUAAUAUGCUGAAGAAUCUUAUUGAUCGCUGGGAGUUUCCAGAAAACAAGGGAACGAUGGAUGCUCACGCUCCUGCUAGUUUGCUAAAGCUAUGGUAUCGCGAGCUGUACGAUCCGUUGAUUCCGGAUGAGCUUUAUGAUGAUUGUGUCCAAACAGAAGACCCCGCUGAGGCGGCCGCUAUUGUAGAAAAGUUACCAAAAAUCAAUAGAUUGGUUCUCACUUAUUUGAUACAUUUUUUGCAACAAUUUUCCUUGCCGGACGUUGUUGCUAACACCAAGAUGGAUUCAUCUAACCUGGCGAUGGUAUUUGCGCCCAAUUUGCUACGCUGCCAGUCACAAGAUCCAAAAGUAAUUUUAGAAAAUGCCCGUAAAGAGAUGACAUUUAUGCGCACCCUGAUACAGCAUAUGGACACGUCCAGUGUGACGUAUUUGGUGUAAAAGGGAA